AGAACCUCAUCUUCGAUUUAAAGAAAUUGACGGGAAAAUGACUGAUCCAGUUGUGUUCUGUAAGGCAUGUUAUGCCCCUGAUUAUUAUAACAACAAAUCCAGACCCUCUUCCGAAUACUCAGAAUGUCCAAAUAAGAAAUGGAAUGAUUGCUCCAAGGAGAAACACAAAAUUCUAUGCAAACCUGACGAUUCGAAAGAUGAACGUUACUGUAGAUGUGAUGCCAGGAAGGGAUUCUCUCCUGUCAACGAUUUAAGUCGAACAAUGUGCAACUAUAAGAACUAUGACUGCAAAGAUAAUUACAAAUGUCCCGAUCUACCAAAUGGAAAAGCGCAACAGUUACUUCUAAAUUAUACAUGUGCCCCAGUCUGCGAUGAAGGUUUUGAUCGACUGGACGAGGAUUCUGAUGUCUGUUUACCGAUUAACAUAACGACAUCAGAAAUAAAAGAAGGAGAGUCUACUGACACCUCGUUAACUCAAGCUACAGUUACAACUAUAUAUCAAAAGCCAGGAUGUGAUGACGGUUGUGAUGAGUACAGUUUCUGUUACAACGGGACUUGUGUAUGUCAAAACUCGUGUCCAGCUACUUAUGAUCCAGUUUGCGGUUAUAAUGCUGAGUCGAAAACAUAUAAAACAUUUCCAUCCAAUUGUGAUCUUCGCAGGAAUUAUUGUGAAGAGAGGCAGUUUGUUUACCAUUCUCGUGGUAAAUGUAUAACUGAAUGCAGAAAAAGUGCCUACUUAGCUUUAAUACGAUCAACUCUCGAAUAUAGUGCUAUCGUUUGGGACCCUUACAUAGAAGGCGAUAUUAAUAAGUUAGAACGUAUCCAGCGUCAGGCAGCGAGAUUUAUUACCGGCGACUACAGGUCUAGAGAAAAAGGAUCGGUCACAAACAUGUUGGAAUCUCUCAAACUAACUCCACUUCAGGAUCGUAGAAGAACCAGUCGACUUGUAUUUCUCUACAAAGUGGCCGGGGGUCUGGUGCCAGCUAUACACCCUUCGGAUUACCUACAAACUGUAACUCGUAAAAGACAAAUCAGAGCAAAAUCAUAUAGUGAUUUCCAAGUGUCAAACAUUGUUGAAAAACAAGUAAUAAACAAUACCAGAGGUUUUAGUGUUAAGCAUUGUAAAUCUGAGCAAUUGAAAAACUCAUUUUUUGUGAAAACUAUAAUUGAAUGGAACCACCUGGACGAUAGGGUGGUCCGCGCAGAGACAACAGAGGGCUUCAAGUCUGCCCUUCUUCACGAUUAA